AUGGCGCUGCGCGGCUCCCUGCGGGCCGGCCGGGCGCUGCUGCGCGCCCCGGGGCCGCCCGCCCGCGGGCUCUGCGCCCACAGCCGGCCGCCGGCCUUCGGGUUCCUCUUCGAUGUGGACGGCGUGCUGGUGCGGGGCAGCCAGGCCCUGCCCGCCGCCCGCCGCGCCUUCCAGCGGCUCUCGGACGGCAGCGGGCGGCUGCGGGUGCCCCUCGUGUUCCUGACCAACGCCGGGAACUGCCUGCGCUCGGCCAAGGCCCGAGAGCUGUCCCAGGCGCUGGGGCUGCAGGUGUCUCCGGAGCAGGUGAUCCUGUCCCACAGCCCGCUGCAGCUCUUCAGCCGCUUCCACCAGAGGUGCAUGCUGGUGGCCGGGCAGGGGCCCGUGGAGGAGAACGCCCACACCCUGGGCUUCAAGCACGUGGUCACCAUAGAGGCACUGAGGAAAGCAUAUCCCCUUUUAGACAUGGUGGACCUGAGCCGGAGGCCAAAAGAACUGCCUCCUCCAACCACUGGCUUCCCCACUAUAGAAGGGGUGAUUCUGUUUGGCGAGCCGGUGAGGUGGGAGACAAGCCUGCAGCUCAUCACUGAUGUACUGCUGAGCAAUGGGAACCCUGGGGCAGAGCUGCAAGAUGUACCAUACCCUCAUCUGCCUAUCCUUGCCUGCAACAUGGACCUCCUGUGGAUGGCUGAAGCCAAGAUGCCCAGGUUUGGCCAUGGCACUUUCCUUCUGUGCUUGGAGAACAUCUACAAGAAGGUGACGGGCAGGGAACUGAAGUACGAGGCCCUGAUUGGCAAGCCCAGCCCGGUCACUUACCGCUAUGCCCAGUUCUUGAUCCAACAGCAGGCAGAGAAGCAGGGCUGGAAGGCUCCCAUCCGCCGCCUCUAUGCAGUUGGGGACAACCCUAUGUCUGAUGUCUAUGGGGCAAACCUCUACAACAGCUACCUCAAGUCAGCUCAGCAGAACCAGGUCCAGGCUGGGGUGAAGAGGAGCCCACAGGCAGCCAGUCCCCAGACUGAGGUUUUCCUGGAGCUGAGGAAUGACUGCAACAACUCAGUGGAGAGCUGCGAGUCGAUUCUGGUCUGCACUGGGGUCUACCGCCACAGUGGUGAUGUUCCCAAGAAAACAGAGCCACACACAGUGGAGGCAGUGUUCCAUGGACAUCGGGACUUCUGCUUUGACCCCAGCCUGGUGGAGGCAUCGUACAUAGUGCAGGAUGUGGAUGAUGCUGUGCAACUUGCCUUUAAAAAAGAAAACUGGAGCUAGGGGUUAAGACAGGUGUGCCUAAAGAUCUACUGUAAGGGAUUUUAUGUACUGGAAAGGGAAGAUGGGGAGAAUGGGCAGGGACCUGGGAUGAUCUUCUAAUCUAGGUAACGUGAAAGAAAACUCCCUGUUGCAGCACUAAAAGCCCCUUAAUUUUUUUGGUACUCAUCUGCCAUCCUGACAGCCACCCACAGACUUUCAGCUGUGACCAUACAUUGCUGCCAGCCAUAAUUGAGCCAUAAUGGAAACAGGGUAUAAGGAGCAGGCUUGUCCCAGCAAUCCCAGUUUUGUUCAGCUCUCACAGCUCAUUCUUUUCCACACUUUGUGUGCAAAGAUCAGGGGAGCCCACCCUCCUCCUUGGGAGGUGUUUGAGGGCGAAACUCUUACCCACACAAGGAGCCGCCAUCAGCCAGCGAACCAUUUUACAAUGUGCUGUUUGUCCAGUCCGUGACUCCAGCACACCGGAAGCUGGGCUGUGGUGGCACUGUGCCAAGAGAAGGCUUUAAGUCUUAACAUUCUCCUUGUGAAGAAGAAGUGCCUACGGACUUUAACAAAUUCUCUUUGCCUGGGGAUUUGCCACUGUAUCACUGUCAGUCUGAAACAAAGUUCUGUUUUGCAGUCAUCCGGCAGCUCUGGAGAGGCAUGGCCCCUCAAAGGAAGCUGCAGUAGCCAGAGCAACUUGCUGCAGGGCUGAGGUGAAAGUUAUAUUGUUCCCUCCCCCCUGUUUAGCAUUCUGUGAACAGUCCUGCCUUUUCACAUCCCGCUAGGGAGCCAGCAGCCUGCUCUCAGUAGCAGAGGAAACCACCAGAGUUUGAAUUGGCAGAGUUGUCUUUGCCCAGAACUCAGUGCUGCAGCAAGAGGCUGUUUUGGCACCCACUCUGAUCCCAACUGUUGCAAGGAACAUCCACCUGCUCCAGCUGGCACAGCUUCCAAGAGGGGCCCUUCUUUUGCCAGACAAAAAGAGUCACAGUCCACCUUUGCUCCUUCCUUGCAUGCAAGGAUUCAAAGAGAAGAUCAUCAAGCCAGGGUGGUACCAGAGCCCCAGAUCCCCAGGCCUGAUCUUUUAGAAUACAAAUGUCAGUGUCUUUCAGUUCCUUUGUUCCUCUCAUCCCUCAUGUGGUUUGCAGCUCAGGGAUACCCCAUGCAGUGUGACCUCUGGUCCCUCCUCUUCCUUUAACGUGCAGGUAGAAUCCCCCUAACAUGAAUCAGCAGCUGGGGCUUGCCUGCCCAGGAACAUUUCCCUAAAAACAUUCACCUUCUAUUGCCUUUGUUCUCCCAGCUCAGGCUAUCCAGAGAAAGAUAAGACUUGUGCCUCCAUAGACAUUCCAAAGAUAAGCAAGGUUUGCAUGAGAAACUCCUGUGAAAGAUCGGACUUAGCGAGGAGUGUCAGAGGAGCACUGUGAUUUUAGAAGCACAAAUCAGUCUGUGUAUAUGAUGCAAAGCCUUGGAGCCAACACAGCUGAGUUGGUUUUCCUAAUUGCAGUCAGCUCACACCACUUCUGAAGUAUCAGAAGUAGGUCUGCUCUGCCUCUUCUUUCCUCCUUCCUGCUUUACCAGGCAGCUCCACACACAGGGUACAAACAAGAUGUUCUGCACAGAAGUUUGAGUUCUUAAUUCAAAUCUCAGCAUCCAUGUGCACUGCAAUUCUGCUCCAGCAGCUCUCCAUCCUCUCAAUACUGAUGUAUCUUCCUAGGAAGGUCACUGCUCUAGUCUUAUGUUGUGCCAGGCUCUGUGUAUGAAGCAGACCAGGUGCUCUUUCAGUUAGCCAGGCAAAAGAGGUCCGUCUCUGUUUCUCUAUUCUUUACUUUAUGAAUAGGAGCAGAAAAAUACCUCUUUGUAUGUGAAAUCCACAGUGGGAAGCAGUUUCUUCCUCUCAGCACUACUUGGGGCUCUUCUCCUUUGUCUCACCAGGACAAGAAUUGCGUGGCUGCUUCUAAAAGCGGCUGUAAUGAGAGGGACACAGAGUUGAAUCCUUUUCCUUUCACUGGAGAGAAAAAGAAAUUACCAUUUCAUCUAGUUGCACAAGACAUGGGCCUGUCUCCACUUGCCAGAAGAGGAGGCACAGGGAAGGACUUGGUGUAUGCCAUAGGGAAGGUCCUUUAGCUGCAGCACCUCUCACAGCCACAGCUGUGCUGUACGAGGCCUGAAACUGGAGCCCAAGCCCCAUUUAUUCAUGGGGUAGCUCCAGUGUCCCUCAGUCUUGCUUUCCAUCCACUGCAGGAAGAGGAGCACUCCCUUUGCUUGCAGCAUUUGCUGACUUGGGUGGUAACUUCCACGGGCUUCCUUGGAAUGGUCCUCUAGGCCAUGAUUACCCAGACCUCAGGGAGCUGGCUGCUGGCAGGAAAAACGAGCCAUGCCUUCAGUGUGGUGGGUGCUGCUUGCAGAAAUGCUGUGGUCUGUCCACCUGCAGCAGAGCCUUCAGCUCUGCCUUGUUAAAAGUGUGGUGCCAGCUACUCAGAGAAAAGGUGCUGCUGAACCACUGUGCCCUGGGGGCUGCAGCAUCUCUUCCAAGGAAGGAAGAGGUUUGCAUUUGCAGCGAGAGGGAGCCAGGCAUCUCCAUCUUUGGAGCAGCAGUGGAGGUGAGCUGACUGAUGUGAAUCUGCUUCAGAUGCCAAAUCUGCUUUUAGCUCUGGAUUUGGGGGGUUUUUCCACCAGUGUUCUGGGAGUCUUAAAAAUGCGUAGGAGGAACUUCAGUGAUAAAGAACUGAAGAAAGUGCUUUGCUUGUGAGUUGAAAUUGAACAGAAGGGAGGAGAAGGAAUCUAGAAAUAUCUUGUACCCUUUCCCUAGUUCAUGCCAAAUAAGGCUGCAUAAAAACCCUGCUUGUUGCUCUCUGCACUAAUUAGCCAGAUGGGCUGCCCUUGAUCUGAGCAAUGCCAAGACCUUUCCCCUCUUCCCCUUCUCAGCUCCUUGAAACAGUGCACUUUGUCCAAGUCCCUGCCUGGGAAUUGCGUGGACCCAGUGGAUGGAGUAGGAAAUCUGGCUUCUCCAGCUGCUGUUGGACACUAGCUUGAUUCUGGAAGGUUACUAUUAAUGAAAGUGCUUGGCAGGUCUCCUGUGUUCAUGAGUUGUGCUAGAGUGCUGUACUAGCUUCUAGCUUAUCUGCAGUUCAUUUAUGGACAUCUGUUACUGCUAGAAUUCAGUCCUUUUUCCUUGGAAGUGCAGCUUCCUGGAAUUAGCUUCAAGCGUGGCUGGUGUGAAACUCUUCCUUUGCCUCAUAUAUUGCUCAGAAGUGGUGUCUCUGAAGCCAUAUUUCUGUCCUUCAGAGCAGGGAUACUUCUGUGCAGAUCAUGGGGCCAAGCAGGAGAGGGGACUUCACUCCUGAUCCAGCACCUUAACGUUUAUAGGAUGCACUGCCCUGUACAACAAACAGGGUGAAGACCUGAUCCUAACAACUCCAUCUUCCAAAGAUGAACAGGUUUUAGUCAAGGCAGAAGGGAGCUUGCAACUGAGAACAGCAGGAAGGAACCAAGGGAUAGACCUUGUUUUGGAUCUGAAGCCAAGAGCUUUUGUGGCAUGCAGUAACAUGGUGGCCAGAGAAGUCAGUUCCUCUAUUCCAGGGACACAUGCAAGCACUAACCUUGCAUUCAGGGAAUCAGAUAACACUACUGUCCCCUUCCUUCCAGUCCUAAUCCUGCCACGUCUUUCUCCCUCCAAUAAAUGGUAAUGUUUCAGAUUGUGUCAUGUGCACUGUAGAAGAGUGAUUGUAUAUCAUUCAGAGAAAUCACAAACUGUGAUUAUUUUAGAUUUCAUAUUAAUUUCAGUGCAGUUACAGAGCUGCUACUUUGAUCAAGCACAUAUGGAAAAUAAUAAAAGAUGUUUGCUUUGAAAUAAA